AUGAGAUGGAACCAGGUGAUAACUGGUGGGUUUCGUAUAGUUCCAAGGAAUGAAGUCGGUGGGUUGUCUGACAAUGAGAAGGUAACACGUGACAGCAAUUUCAUUCUUAUUGGGUUACACAAAAGUGCCACAUCAGAUGGCCUUUUCAUCCAUUCUAGAGCAGCAUACUACCCAAAUUCUGAUGACAAAGGAUCAGAAACUGGGAGAUGUGGAUAUGGCUCAUUUGGAGCAACGAUUAAUAAUGGAUAUGUGGCAGCUGCAUCUGAUCUUUACAGAGAUGGUGUAGGCUGUGGUGCUUGCUACCAGGUGAGGUGCACCAAUAGUAAGGUUUGCUCAGAUGAAGGAGUGAAUGUUGUUAUAACUGACCAAGGUUCAAGUGAUCGAACAGACUUCAUUAUGAGCAAGAAAGCCUUCCGGAAGAUGGCUCAAUCUACAAAUGCAGAAACAUCUUUACUAUCACAAGGAAUUGUAGAUAUUGAAUAUAGAAGGGUUUCAUGCAAUUACCCGAAGAAUAACAUCACCAUCAAGAUAGAUGAGAGUAGUGACUACCCGUAUUACCUUGCUUUUGUCAUAUGGUACCAACAAGGCCAAAACGACAUUACUGCUGUGCAACUAUGUGAGACAAAAAAUUUCGUUUGUAAACUAUUGGAUAGAAGCUAUGGAUCAGUGUUUACAACAACCUCUCCACCUAGUGGAUCAUUGUCUUUAAGAAUGCUAUUUAGUGGUGAAGAUGGAGACGAAAAAUGGGUUGUUCCAGUUAAUAUAAUACCUGAGAAUUGGAAGAAAGGGGACAUAUAUGACACAGGGGUACAAGUGGAAUAAGAAACUAAUUCAUCAUACCAUCAAAAUAGCAGAAGUUUGUUAUUGGAUUGAAUUGUAGGAUAGUGUUAAGAGAUUAUCAUAUAUAUAUUGAUGUUGUCGUUAUUUAUUCUCUUCUUUUUUUGUUUAAAAGUUGUACCAAUUUAAUUCGUUAUCCUGUCC